AGUGUUUGAUUGGGUUUCUUACUCUCUCGGUUUCUCGCCACAAAACGUGUUCCAUGACUCUGGGGCACGUCAGUUAAUUUAACUAAGGGUCAUCAGAUGGUCGAGUAUGUCCCGGAGGGACCCAGCUACCCAGUAGAGGAAGAGGAGGAUGUGACGAUCAGUGACAGUGCCAGCAGUGGCAUCAACAAUGUCAUCGGCGACGUCGAGAAGCGAGGCGGCCUGCAGAAUGCUCACCAGCUCACCAACGACGGCGAGGCGAAGGAGAGCAAGCCAGCGACGUCGCCGUCCUACUACGUCAUAGACGUCGACGGCGACGGAUCUCCGCCUCCUGCCGCGGAUGACGACGGCGACGGCGACGAUGGCAAUGGCGACGAGCGUAAAGAGGAGUGGCAGAGAGCGAGAUACGUCGUUGAUCGUCUUACGUACACACAGCCCGAAUUCGAUAAAGAGUUCCCGCCUAUCGCCAAACGAACAUCGUCGCUACGGCAACGUGCCCACAAGCUUGCGCAGCGCCACCUAUGCUGUAGCCUGUGGAGCUGGGUCAGCUUUCUUACCGGCAUUUUUCCGUUUGUGCACACCAUACGGAGUUACCGCAUCCGCGAAUACGCGCUCGGCGACCUCAUAGGUGGCGUCACGGUCGGCAUCAUGCAGAUUCCUCAGGGCUUAGCAUUCAGUGUAGUGCAGCUCGUUGAACAGAAACAUCUAGCCCUGUGUAACGUGGCACCUCGGGGCAUGGGCUUAUUCUCCGAUAAGGCGUCGGCUAGUGAGAUAUGCCUUCCAGCGGACAUACUAACUUUCCACGUCGUACUUCUGACUGAUGAGCUCUGGGCACCACUGCGAUUCAUCGCGAUCUCUGUCAAUCCAUCAAGUACCGGCGAGUAUUCGUCCAUCGAGGUCGCGUCUGCCGUCACCAUUGUCGCAGGCGUCAUGCAGCUCGCCAUGGCCUUGCUGCGGCUAGGUAGCUUAACGACUUACCUGUCCGAACAGCUCGUUAGCGCGUUCACGACCGGCGCCGCCAUGCACGUGUUCACCUCCCAGGUGAAACAUCUGCUGGGACUCGAGAUUCCCAGCUUCUCCGGAGCUUUCAAUAUUGUCUACACGUACAUCGAGAUAUUCAGCACCAUCGGCGACGCGAACGUGGCCGCGAUCUUGACGUCAGUCAUAUGCGUCACCUGUCUCUUUGUCACCAAGGAACUGCUUGAUCCCAGGUUGCGUCCCAUCAUCUUGAUGCCUGUCCCCAUGGAACUGCUGCUGGUGAUCGCUGGCACGGCCAUGGCCUACGUCUUCGACCUCAACGAGAACUUCGGCCUCAGCAUCGUCGGCGACAUCCCGACGGGUCUCCCCGCGCCGACGCUGCCCCCGCCGGCGCUCUACCAGCGCGUCUUCAGCGACGCCAUCACGAUCGCCGUCGUCGCGUUCGUGAUCACCGUCUCGAUGGCGAAGAUCUUCGCGAAGAAGCACGGCUACACGAUCGACGCGACGCAGGAGCUGUACGCGAUCGGCGCCGCGAACGUCGCCUCCGCCUGCUUCUCCGGCUUCGCGGCGUCCGCCUCGCUGUCGCGCAGCGCAGUGCAGGAGUCGGUCGGCUCGCACACGCAGGUCGCGAGCCUCAUCUCCGCCGCGAUCGUAGCCGUCGUGCUCGUCGCGCUCGCGCCGCUCUUCGCGACGCUGCCGAACGCCGUGCUGUCGGCGAUCAUCGUCGUCGCGCUGCGCGGCAUGUUCCGGCAGUACGGCGACCUCGCGCGGCUGUGGCGGCAGCGCGACGUCGCCACCGUCGACCUGCUCAUCUGGCUCGUCACGUGGACGGCGACCGUGUUCCUCGACGUCGGCAUCGGGCUGUUCGUCGGCGUCGGGUUCGCGCUGGUGACGAUCGUGGCGCGCUCGCGCAGCCCGCGCGUCGCCGCGCUCGGCCGCGUGCGCGGCACCGACCUGUACGCGCGCGUCGGCAAGCGCGCGGCGGCCCGCGAGGUCACCGGGGUGCGCGUCGUGCGGCCCGAGGCGCCGCUGUACUUUGCGAACGCGGAGUUUGCGCGCGAGGAGGUGUACGCGCGCGCGGGCGUCGACCCGGUCGCCGUGAAGCGAGCGCGCGAUCGCGCCGCGAAGAAGCUGCGCGGGGGCGCCACCUCUGCCGGAAGAUCGCACAGCCUGCUGAACGGGGGGGAGCUGGCGGACAAAGUCGCCGCGGACAUGGGUGUGAUCAACUCCUGCAUGGAGCUGGAUGCAUUACAGUUGGAGAGUGCUAGCAGCGAGGGAUCCGUGGACAUCCUGGCCGCGGAGGAGACGGAGACGGGGACGGACGUGCGCGUCAUCGUCAUCGACUGCUCGAUGGUCGGCUACGUCGACUUGUCCGGCGCCAACCUGCUCAAGCUGCUUCAUCGCGAGUACGCAGACGUCGGUAUCACACUGCUGCUGGCUGCGUGUGCGCCGGACGUGCGCGCCGUGCUCGCCCGCGCCGGCUUCCACGACGCAGCGCCACACGGCGCCCUCUACGCGACCGUCAACGACGCCGUGCUCGCUGCCAGCGCCUCCUUGCCGCGCAAACACGUCCCGGUGUACGUCACCGACUACUUAUAGGUGGCGCUGCAAUGCAACUGCAAGCAGUCACAUGUUGUUGACUAUUUAUAGGUGGCGCUACUGCGCAAUGGCAAGCAGUCGUAUGUUGUUGACUAUUUAUAGGUGGCGCCGCCGUGAAUGUGCGACUAGUCGUAUGUUGUUAACUACUCAUAGGUGGCGCUACCGCGCAAUUGCAACCAGUCGUAUGUUGUUAACUAUUAAUAGGUGCAGUACCACGCAAUUCCAACCAGUCGUAUGUUGUUAACUACUCAUAGGCGGCGCUACCGCGCAAUUGCAACCAGUCGUAUGUUGUUGAUUACUUAUAGGUGGCGCUACCACGCAGUUGCAACCAGUCGUAUGUUGUUAACUACUUAUAGGUGGCGCUGCUGUGCAACUGCAUCCAGUCGUAUGUUGUUGAUUACUUAUAGGUGGCACUGCUGCGCAACUGCAACCAGUCGUAUGUUGUUGAUUACUUAUAGGUGGCGCUGCUGUGCAACUGCAACCAGUCGUAUGUUGUUAACUACUCAUAGGUGGCGCUACCGCGCAAUUGCAAACAGUCGUAUGUUGUUAACUAUCUGUAGGUGGCGCCAGUGCCCCACUUCUUCGUCGCAGACUACUUAUAGGUGGCACUGUCGUGCCUUCUGAUUGACGGUGGGGGUGGCGGCACGGGAGCAGCAGUGAGCUUCCCCGCCGUUCUACACUGCCGUCCACCACGGUCACCGUACCCGCGUCGCUUUCACGUCGUGACACGCACAAAUAUACGUCGUGGGGGGGGGGGGGGUUAACUGCCAAUGAGUCAUUGUCCAUCCAGUAACGAUGGCGUCGGCAGCUGGGCAGCUAGAUUUUAUAUUUAUGAUGUGGUGAGUCGGCCACUAGAUGUUGUUGCGUGUGCCUUAGGUUAUACGUGAUGGUGGUCUAGAACGAUGAGGUCACUCUACAGGUGAACAUAUUUAACCUGUCGUUUAAGUUGGGUUACCACGCACGCACGCACGCACACGCAAUUAACACUAGCCUUUGCAGUGAUUUGGAAGAUGUGUAAAUAUGUUGAUAGCAUCGCCUCUUAGCCAAGUGUCGAAGGUGUGAGUAGGUAUGAGCUCGGGGAAAUGUAGAGGCUUCGUAAGCCUGAAGUAGGUUUUUGCUGUGCGAUUUUGUGAUGUAGUUGUAAUGUGUAAACGCUCAGUAGUUGAUCAGUGAUUAGACGUGUCAAAAUGUACUUAGUAAUUAUAUAGUACUAGCUGAUCAGUUUUGUUGAGAGCGUAAGGAGGGUCUGAGCAUGUCUUUCAUUACACAUAUUUUGAACUUGCCAUUUAGAUGAGAAAGGAUGAUGUGAUUGUUAUUUACUCGCAA